UAUGUACAGUGGAACCCCGCUGGUAAGAUCACCGAAGGAUCUUUUAAAAAGUGAUCUUUAUUGCGAAGUUGUCUUGUCUUAAUAUUGAUAUAGUGGGUGUAUCUGAGUAAUUGCAAAUAUUGAAAUUUGAAUUGAUUUGUUGAAACUCACAGUAAUAAUAAUCGAACAGUGAAGUAUAUAGUGAAAGUAGUGGCAUACAGUGAAAUACUUUGAUGUUAUCAUAAUAGAGACCGUACCACAGCUCUUCGCGUAUUCGAUUUUUCAAAAUAAAGUGGUUUUUAUAGAGAUGGUACCUAAAAAACUCAAAUUCAUCUUUAUAGGUUUUUUUUCAGAGUGAAAUGAUAGCUAAGUGCACCAAUUUUCUAAAUAUAUUUAUGGUUUUCCUCUUCUCCAUGUCAAAAAUAGAAAUAUUUGAUAUCUAAAAAAUUGCUUUCUUAAAAUAUCUGAAGCAAAAUGGACAACUCUUGUACUGACCGUUUUUCAAAGAUUUUAGGACUUCCCCAAUUAUAGUCUAUAUCAAAAGCUCCCACAGCUAAAUAAAUUCAAUAGAGUAUAAGGUAAGUUUACUCUACUUUCAACAUUUUGAAAGAGCCUAUACUGAACUGCCUUUUGUCUUUUAAUAAAGUCAAAUUCCAAGACUAGCCAAGAGUCUAAAACGCUUGAAAAAAUUCUGAGUGAAAGAGAAUGACGUGCUCUUUAUUAUAAGCUUACCAAAACCAUACCAAAAAUGUACCUUAAAGAAGUUAUUAAAAAAUUUAUAUUGUAAACAAACCUCUACACCAUUUUACCAUCAAUAUUUUCCACUCAUGAAUGCACUCAAUUCAGGUGAUAAUUGUUGAUAUAUUUGUAAAUGAGAGGCCCCAACAAAAACCUUUUUUCAAGUUGUGUAAACAGUAUAAGUUUUAAAUUAAUGUUGAUAUCUGAAAUUAUCCGAUUACUUUGUUUUCAACAAUAAAUAAAACACCUUUUAGUUUGUUUAGGGUAGUUGACCUGUAACGAAAAUCAUCAAACAGAGUAAUCUCCAUAUGCUUUUUCAGCAUUUAUUUGUUUUUCAAGGAAAGCAAAUGAUCGUGCUAGUUCCCUCCAGAGAAUGUUUAAAUUGAGAAUUGCUUAAAAUACAUUACAUAGAGUCAUUACCUGUCAGCUACCUUAACAUGUAGUAAUUACAACCACUACCUUAAAACCUUGUAAUUAUAUUUGACGACAAUGAAUUUUUAUAUUACCAAUUUAACUUUUUUUGUUAUUUCUCAUUGUUGGAUAUAUACAUUUUACAUUUUGAUAUAUAAAUGUUGUGUAAACCAAUGUAUCACCAUUGAGAACAAUAAAUAAACAACUUUGGCUAAAAGAUCAAAACUUAAUAACGUUUCUUAAUGUCGUUAAUUUUCUUCAAAGGAAUGUAUGCAUUAUUCUAUAUAAUCUUCAUGCAUUACUAAACUUUCUAUCAGGGCCUCACUACAACUUACAAAAUAACUGUCAGUGUAAGUCAUGAGAAAAGCGUGCAUAUUGUAUAUUGAAUACAAAGGGAUUUAAACAAAUGUAGGUCAUAUUUUGUCUGCCUGAUAAGUUGUUUGAAAAAGGACCUAUCUGAUUUUUCUUUCACUUUUGAUCAAUGUUUAAUGUUGGCUUCAGUUUAUUGAUCAAUUCAGAGUUGUCCCCCUUUGAUUUAUUUGGGUAGGUACCAUCUCUAGUUUUUACAAGUGCACCAGUUACGAUUAAAAAUGUAAACAACGGACUCUGUCUAUGAAUCAUUGGAAUGAAUGAAUGACAGUCGAUCUUAGUCUUAACACUGAUUGACAGUGAAUGCUAAUGACUCAAUGUGUUGCAGAAAGGUAUUUAGUUUGUAACUGUAAUUUACUUUCAAUUAAAAUCGCCUCAAAACUGGUAAAAAAAUGAUUAUAUUUUGACAAAGCUCACAGUCUUUCCUGUACUCCGGCUGCUAAAAGGGCAAAUAUAUGAGAUUCACUUCACUGGUACUGCCAGUUAGCAAGAUUAUACUCUAAAAACACGUCAAAGAAAUUUGGACAGUUUUGACCGAUUAAAACGUUAGCAGCAUUAGAUUAUAUUUUUUCUUUACACGAAAACUGCCGUUAGGUAACAAUAAUCCGGAGUUCACCGAUAAUGAUGUUAUUUUUACAAAAUUGUUCCAGUUGUGCACUUAAACUGCCUAGCUAUAGCUACUGCUGUUAUCGGGAAGUGGUCGAGUGUCAGUAUUAGGUGUGAGAGGUCCUGGGUUCGAGUCCUGGUUAGAGCUUUUAUAUUUGCAUUCUGCUACAGCAUGUUUUUUUUCUGUUAACAGACUGCUCAAGAUGUUCUACAUUUUUAGCACACAUUAUCAUGGAUCAUUAUUUAGCAAUCAAAAGUACAACUUGAAUAAAUUAAAGUUGAAUUGACACUGUCAAAAGUGCAAAUUGAAUAAAUUUAAGUUAAAUGGACACUGUUAAAAGUGCAAACUGAAUUAAUCAGAGUUAAAUGAACACUGUUAAAAGUGAAAUAUGAAUGAAAUACAUUGUUGGAAGUGAUGUUAAAAAUUAUACAAGUAAAAUCGAUAGAUUGAACUAAGAAUUUGUGAAGUAGAUAAAUAGUUUUACAUAGUGUUGGAUUGAAUUGAUAAAUUGAACUAGGAAGUGAUGGGAUAGUGACAUUAUGCUACAAAUUGUUGAAGUGAAGUUUUUGCAAGGGGAAUAAUUGAUAAAGAUUGAAGGAGAGGAAGAUAAACUAAGCAAGGCCACAGGCGGACCAUGACAGAAGAGGUGGAGCAGUUGCUACAAGCACUGAAAGUAUUAGGAGUUGAGAAUUCAGAAGCAUUAGGGAAAUUUAUUUAAGCCCAGGCUAAAUCAUUUGGAGCUUUUAAAGAGAAAUCGCCUAGUGAAAGAAAGCCCUCAACAUUCAGCUUAAAGACACAUUUUAAGGAAACAAGUACUGUACUUCAUCCGCCUUCAGCAAGUGGUAAUGAUGUCCCAAAAUAUGGAGGAUCGUAUAGCUCUCCUUAGCCUCUACGGUGAAGAAAAUAAAUGGGAUGGUUAGUUGAGCUACCUUUAGAUUGAGGCUGAGAAACUGAUAGUGAAGAGUGUGUUUAGUGAAGAUCAGAUAUUGCAGGGAAUAAGGGAAUGCCAGUGAUGUUGUACGGAAAUUAGGAACCGUCGUGACUGUCAGACAGAUAAUUGAUAAAUUAAAAAGCACAUUUUGGCAACAUAGAGACAAAGGAAACAUUAUAAAUUCUUUUCAUACAAACAGAAAUCAAAUGAAUCUAUUACAACACAUACUUCUAGAUUAGAAGAAAAGUCUUCCCAGGAUGUAACACUGAAAGGUUUAAGCAACACAGAUGAUGAACAACUAAAGUGAGUCUUAUAUGAAGGACUUACACCAGAGAUAAAUCAUCAGGCAGCAUAUAAGAAUGAUAUAUCUUAGAUUAUUGCCGCUUCAAGAUUGAACUGAGGAAUAUAGAAGCAGAAAUGAAAGAAUCAGGUAAAGAAACAAAGAACUACAGUGCAGCAGUAAACAUAGACAAGAAAGGGACUAAUGAUAUGGCAGAUGUCAAGGAGCUCCUGGAGAAACUUACUGAUAGAAUAGAUCAUUUAGAGAAAGAAAAGGAAUACCACAAAAAGAAUUAUUGACUGAUGGGUAUGGUUACAACAGAGCACAUGGAAGAAGUAGGGGAAUGGUAGACACCAGAGGAAGAGGUCGUGGUAGCUAUAGACAUAGAAGAGCUUAAGGGUAAACAUCAAUGACUACUGAUUACUACAACUGAUACCAGAAAGGCCAUAUAGCAAGAAAUUGAAAAAAAAAGGUCUCUUAAGUGCACCUGUUGUGGAAUUGCACAUUGCACCAUCAAAUAUCCCAAACUUGUAGGUGACACAAAUAAAACAAACUUUUCUUUAAAUGGUGUAGAAGUUACAGAAUUACUAGAUAGUGGCACUUGUGUGAGCGUUAUAUCCAAAUCAGUUUAUGAAGAUGAAUUUUCGAAUAUAGAAGUAGAACCACUGACAGAAUUUAUCAAUGUUAAAUGUGCAGAUGGACAGAAGCGUCAGUAUAGUUGCAAUUAACUUGAAAUUAACAUUCCAGAUUCCAACAAACACCACUCCUUCCUUUUUAAUCAGUCCAGACACAAGUUAUUCUGCAAGAACACCAUUCAUACUCAUUAAAUCAGCUCCUCUCCGACUACAAAGACGAAUUUUAUGUUCACUUUUUGCAAAAGACUCAGAGACAUGGUAUGUAAACACCUUAGUAUUUAGCAUCAGAUGUUAAGGGACUGGGAAAGGAGAAGUUAGGAAGAACAAACAGAAGAUUGCCAUUGUCAGAAGUGCUGUACCUGAAAGAAUAAUACUUAAACAAUAUGAAACAAUAAAUGUCAACGCAUAUACAGACAGAAAGAUGGAAUACCAUGAAACAUCAGCCAUUAUAUAUGAGUCAGAAGAAUCUUACCUACCUUCAUACAUUGAUAUAACAUCUGCUAACUACAAAUACAAAAAGAACUCUGAAAUCACAGUUAACCUUCCAAACUUAACCAAAACACAGUAAUAAUUCCACCAAAAGCGAUACUUCGUGAAUUUCAGCCAGUUACAAUAGAUCAUAAUAGUAUGAGAAAAAUCCAAGAAGAAAUAGACAAAAAUAAUAAACUUAAUAAGAUACACAUUGAUACAAGUGAUGUCCUAAACAAACAACAAAAGCAUGAAAUUAAGGAACUUCUCGAGAAACAAAGAAGUAUACUCAGUUAGUGAUGCUGCUAUAAUGCAAUGUGACAUAUAAAGCACAGAAUUUUACCACGAAGAGGGGCAUAUUAUAUUGCAAAGUAGAGGAUGGCGAAAACAUCAGAGAAUAACAAGUAAUUCUUGAAAAAUGGAGAAGAGAUGUGCUCAAAGGCCUACACAAAGAUGUUGGACACCCAGGCCGAGAGAGAGCCUCGCGGUUACUUAGAGAAAGAUAUUGUUGUCUAGGAAUGUAUACAGAUGUAGAAUCCUACAUAGACAAGUGUUGAAGAUGCUUGAGAUGGAUUGGCAACGGUAAAGGAAAAAAUGACAGAUCCUCUAGAGUUGCUCAAUGGACACUUUGAUACUAGAAGAAUCUAAACUUUAAGGAAGAUUUUCAAACAUUCUCUUAAUAACAGACCAAUUCACAAAAUACGCACUUGCAAUUCCAACAUGAAACCAAACUAUAAAGCAGAAACUCUUCACAACAAUUCAUCUUAGGCUAUUGGAUACCUACUAGACUGCAUUCAGACCAAGAGACCAACUUCGAAUCAGAAAUAAUCAAAGUACUCUGCCAACUUUUAAGCACAAAAGAAAAGCCAUACAACUUUAAACCAUCCGAUGGAGAAUUCGACACCAGAGCUCUUCAAUAGAAGUAUGUUGAACAAUUUGGGUACACCAGAAACUACACAGAAAAAAGAGUGGAAGAGAUAUGUACCAUCCAUAGUGUAUGCCUACAAUUGAGCUCCACACUAGUCAAUUCGAACUGAUUAUCGGCCGGAAGGCAAAGCUACCGAUAAAUGCGAUGUUUGAAGAGGCAGCUGAAGAUAGUAACACCAAAGAAGAGCACACAGGAAUAUCUAGAAGACUUAAAAAUUGUAUGAAAAAUAAAGAAACCAAGAUAUAUAGUAAUGGAAAACAAUGAGGAAGCAAGGGCAAAGCAAAAGAAGUAUUAUGAUGUCAAAGCUAAAGCAUUAAAAGUGACUGUUGGCGAUCAAGUUCUGGCGAAGAUCAUUAUAUUGGAGGGCAAACACAAUAUCUCAGACAAAGUCGAAGAAGAUAUAUAUGAGGUUAUGUCUUUAAAUUGAGAUCAUUAAAGAGAAAGAGGGAGAAAACUUCACAUAGAAAUCUUAACCCUUUUAAACACAGAGUAGAAAAAAGUUAAAUACAAGGAUAAAGAGUUGCAACGGAUUGCUAUGACAGAAGACAUAAAAGGUAAAGAGGGAGCAUCAAUUAAUAGAAGUAAAGAAAAUAGAAUUCAUACCGACGUCGGAGAAGAUUCAGAAAAUUACUCAAAUGAGGAAGACUUAUUUAUAGACGGUACGAAUAAAAUUUCUUCUGCAUCAGGAUCUUCGGAUAAGACAGAUGAAACGCUAGAAAACAGCGUGACACAAGACAGAGAUGAAAAUAGUAUUCUGGAUGAAUUACCAGAUACAGAAGGUGUAGUAAAUGAGAGUCGCAUAGACAAUCAAGAAAUGAAUAUUGCAGAAGAUACAAUUGAUAACAAUGAUGAAUUAGAAACAGAGACAACCGAGAUUCGAUAAGACCAGCAAACCCCUCAACCAACCCCCAGACUCUCAGGUAGACAAAAACAAACUACCAGCUAAGUGAACAGAAGUGGCACAUCGACUGAUACGGGCUGUUUUGAAAGGACAAAUAUUGAAUUAUGAAAUGUGGUAUGAGCAGACCUGAGACUUGUAAGACAAAUUACGAGACGUCAUAUAUCACGCCAUGGAAGUAUGUAACAGGAAGACGAAAUGGGCAUGGAAAUUGAGGGUAUGCACAUCGAAAGGGCACACCGGUUGGGGCGAUUAGUCGAACCAAGAAAAAGAAAUGAAAACAAAAAAGUGAUCCAAGGCGACCAAUGGUGGUAAGAUUCCGAGAUUAUAAUGAUACAGAAACCAUUAUGAGAAAAGCAUAUAUGCUAAAAUACAGUAAAUUUAGUAUUGACAGACAAUACCCAAAAGAAAUAGCAAAAGCCAGAUCGGAAUUAUACAAAUCUGCAGAAGCAGUGAAAGCAAGGGAGAGAAAACAAAAGGUACAAAUAAGAUACCCGGCUAGACUGUUUAUAAAUGGGAAGUGUAUUAAAAAAUCAUUUCCAGACUGGUACGAGGUGUUAAGUACGGACAGAAUGCAUAUAACAGGCAGUACAAACAAAAAGUUACAUAAUGAAAGAAGCUAUUCAAAAGAGACUAUCAUAGAUGAAAUCAACUCAAACAGCGGCGAUGAAAAUACGGUAUUUUAUCAGCAAGAUACAGACAACGACCACAGUGACAGCUCAGGCAGCGAUAGAAACUUCAAACAUCAAGAUGUAAACAAACCUGGGUCAUUAAACAAAAACAAACAUAUGAAUGCAGUGUUGGAAGUAAAUAAAAGCGGAAACCUACAUGAGACACCAAGUAAAGUCCUAUGUCCACAAAAUAAUCCAAGUUCACAGGAAAAACCAAAAACAUAUGCUGAAACUGCAGCAUGUAACACGUCGUGUGUAAAUAAUGUCAGUAAAAACUCAGAAAUCGGGAAAACCAAGAAGCCGAAUUAUCAUUCUAAAAAUAGAAUGGGUAUGGAGAAACUGAACAUGGGAUCCCAAGAAAAUACAGAGGGGAACGCGAAACGAGAUAAUGCAGCAAGUGCGCGAAACUCAACAACCAAUCAGAAUCAAGGUCAAGAGCAGAAGUAGGACAGCGUAGGGGAAAUAAAUGAGGUCAAAUUUUGUUUAUUUAACGUACAAGGACUGGUGGGUAAACGGUACAAUAAACUUGAUAGUGUUGAGAUGAAAAAACUGUUUGAUAUGUAUGACAUUCUUCUGUUUACAGAACCAUGGUCGAGUAGUGCAUUUAAUUAUGAUUUUGAGAAUUUUCAAUCUUAUAUUUUAAACAGAAAAUAUAUACUGAAAGGGUCUAAAAGAAGUAGUGGGGGAAUUAUGGUCUAUGUAAACAAUAAAUUGAAAAACUAUGUUGAAUUUGUUAAAAGCACAAAUGAUUGUAUUUUAUGGUUGAAAUUUAAAGGGGAGCUAUUUGAGCUAAAGUAUGAUGUCCUGUUAUGUUUGACAUACAAUAUACCUCAAGGAAGUAGAAGAGAAAUAUUUGUUGAUAGUAAUAUUUAUGAAAUGAUAGCAGAUGAUAUGAUGUAUUUUGAAAACUUGUAUGAACACAAGUGUGAAUUUAUAAUUUCUGGAGAUUUUAAUGCCAGGGUUGGAGAAAUGGCAGAUUUUGUUACUAAUGAUAAUACACAUUUAAGCUUACAUAAUUUGUUACCUGAAGAUUGUGUGCAAGAUAAAUUUCUACCAAGAAAGAAUAUGGAUAAAAAGGUAAAUGAACAGGGAAAAUUCUUACUAGAAUUUUGUAAAUCUACAGGUUUAAGAAUUUUAAAUGGAAGAAUGGGUUUAGAUAAAAAUAUAGGUAAAUAUACAUGUAUAAAUUCACAAGGUAGUAGUACCAUUGACUAUGUUUUAUGCAGGGAUAGUUUAUGGGAGUGUAUAAAUAGUUUUGAAAUUAUGGAGCCAAAUAUUUUGUCAGACCAUUGUAUUGUUAGUUUUAGCAUGAAAUCAAAAUCACAAAUAGAGAUUAGAGAUUUUCAAAGGGGAGAUGAUGAUGCAGAUAAAAUAAGUUAUAAAUACAAAUGGAAUGAUGAGAAUAAAGGUACAUAUAUUGAACAAUUAAAUAGUGAAAACAUUACUUACAUGUUUAAUGAGUUGAAUAAUGAUGUUUUAAAUGCACAAAGCAAUGUUGACCUUGACACCAGUUUGAAUACUUUUUGUGAUAUUUUAAAUUCUGUAUGCACACCUUUAUUUAAAAAGAAAUGCUCAAGUUCCUCUGUCAGUUGUUCAUAUGAUAAAGAAAAGGCAUAUUAUGAUGUUGAGUGUAAUCAAUUGAAAAGCAGUUAUUAUAAACUUUUAAACAUAUAUAGAAAUGACAAUUGUGAUGAUAAUAAGAAAAAUAUGGUACAUGCUAGAAGUGAAUAUAAAAAGACAGUAAGAAAAAAGAAAUACAUAUAUGAUAAAAGUCAAACACAAAAACUUGAAUCAGCUAAAUUGUCAAAUGCAAAACAGUAUUGGAAUUUGUUAAAAGGAUCUGUUGUAAAAAGUAAGACAUCUCUAACUACAAAAGAUUUUUUAGAGUAUUUUAAAUCUAUUAAUGACCCAGACUCUGUGUUUUUUCAACCGGAUGAGGAUGUUAUAUAUUUCAGUGACAGAUAUUUGAAUGGAGAAUCAGAAGUAAUGUUUAAUGAGCUAAAUAUACCAUUUUCACAAACUGAAAUUAUUAAAGCUUGUAAAAACUUAAAUACAGGCAAAUCUGGUGGACCUGAUUAUUUUUUAAAUGAAUUUUUUAAGUAUGGCAUAAUGUGUGACAGUUUUCUGACUAUCUUAUGCUCAUUUUUUAACAAAUUAUUUGACGCUGGGUAUUUUCCUGAAGCGUGGACUGAAGGUUUUGUAGUACCUUUACAUAAAAAAGGUGACAUUGAUACAGCUAGUAAUUACAGAGGUAUAACAUUACUAAGUACAUUUGGUAAAUUAUUUACAAAGGUUAUAAAUAACAGAUUGAAUACUUGGGCUGAAUAUUAUCAUGUGUAUAUUGAAGCACAGGCAGGUUUUAGACAAAAUAUGGGAACUAUCGAUAAUAUUUUUGUGUUGCAUGGCCUUAUAAAUCAUUUAUUGAAUAAUAAUAAAAGAAUGUAUGCGGUGUUUGUAGACUUUACCAAAGCUUUUGAUUUUUUAGUGAGAGAUGUUAUUUGGUAUAAACUCAUAAAAAUAGGUAUUAGAGGUAAAAUGCUUGAUAUUGUUAAAUCUAUAUAUUGCAAUGUAAGAUCAAGAGUAAAGUACAAUAAUAAUAUAAGCAAUGAAGAUUUUUCAUGUUUGCUAGGGGUAAGACAGGGUGAAUCGCUAUCUCCUUUUUUAUUUUCGAUUUAUCUGAAUGAUAUUGAAGAACACUUUAUGAUACACGGGUUUAAUGGAAUAGAUACUGGAAUGUUAAAAAUGUUUCUACUUUUAUAUGCUGAUGAUAUACAUGUAGUUAUUAUGGCAGAAUCGGAAGAAGAACUAAGAAAGGGUUUAUUUUUGUUAGAAGAUUAUUGUGAUAGAUGGAAACUAAGUGUAAAUUCAACAAAGACAAAAAUUAUGAUAUUUAAGAAAGGUGGACAGUUAAAAUAUGAUCUACAAUUUUUGUUUAAAGGUCAGGUUUUAGAUAUUGUCAAUAAUUUUACAUAUUUAGGAAUAGUUUUUACCACUGGUGGCUCAUUUAAAAUGGCAUAUGAUACAUUAGCAGGACAGGCUACAAAGGCAAUGUAUAAACUGAAAUCAGCUCUUGUUAAAUACCCAGGUAUGCCAAUAAAAAGUCAGUUGGAAUUAUUUGAUAAGCUAAUUUUACCUAUUUUAAACUAUGGGUCAGAAAUUUGGGGGUUAAACGAAUCUAUGGUGCUAGAAAGGGUACAUUUAAGCUUUUGUAAAAGAUUACUUGGCGUCAAAAUCCAAACACAAAAUAACUUUAUAUAUGGUGAGCUAGGUAGGACAUCGCUGCUAACAAGAAGAGCUAUGGGUGUUAUUAAAUAUUGGUUGAAAAUUAUACAAAUGAAGAAUGAAAAAUAUGUAAAGGUUGUUUAUGAUUUGAUGUGCAGACAAUUAGAAGUAAAACCAAAUAGUAACUCAUGGGCAAAAUCUGUGAAAAAUCUGUUACAAUCCCUUGGCUUUUAUGAUGUGUGGUUAUUUCAGGAAGUUGGUGAUAAUGAUGCUUUUAUAUCUGUACUAAAAACUAGAUUAACUGAUGUAUUUAUUCAAAACUGGAGGGCGGAUAUUAAUGAUUCAACAAGAGCAAAAAGUUACGCUUUGUUUUCAAGUUUCAAGCUUCAACCAUAUUUAAAAUUAGUUAAUAUAAGUAAGUUUAGAAAUGCACUUUGUCGAUUACGAGUUUAAUCUCACAGACUAGAAAUUGAAACAGGCAGAUGGCAUAAACCGGUUCCAAUCCCUUAUAAUGAAAGAAAAUGUCACUAUUGUAAUAGCUUGGAAGAUGAAUUUCAUUUUAUUUUAGAAUGCUCACUUUAUAAUGAUUUGAGAAAAAAGUAUAUCAAGAAAUAUUACUGGUCAAGACCAAAUAUACCAAGAUUUAUUGAAUUAAUGACUGCAGAAAAUGUUCAUAUUAAUAAGAACUUAGCGAUGUAUGUACAUAAAGCUUUUGACAUUAGAAAUCAAUAUUGUUAUUAUUUUAAUUGAUAGAAAACCUCUCUUUCCUCACGCUGUAUACAUGAUACAUAAUAUAUGAAUUAUUAUGUAUAUGAUAUAAUAUUGCAGUUCCUAAUAUUGAUGUGCUACUGAUAUUUACAUCAUAUUCAAUUAACUGAUACUUGACAAUGUAACUAUUUGUAAAUAUAUAUUUAUGUUUGCAUGUAUGCUCAGGGACCUAUGGUCCAAUGCAUGAAUGAAUAAACUCUAAAACUAUGUAGCAAACAUUCUGCUUCAAUAUCAGAUCUAAGCUUGAUUUCAUUAAGUUCACGCCAUGUGAGUUCGCCCACAUUUUAAGUCAUAAAGCAUGUAACUUUCUUACCCACUUAGUAAAAUACCAAUAUGAGGUGCGUGGAAAAAAAAUGAUGAAAUAUGAUAAAUUUAUCUCAAAUAUGCUCUCGGCUUUCAAAGUUGUUGACACGGUAACAAUACCAUUUCAACCUUUUAAAAAUCAAACUGAGGCGUUUGCUCAUUGAUAAAAAAAUGUGUGGUGUUGAAUAACUUAAUUUUAGAUGUAUUUCUUUUUAUCGGAAUACAUUGUGGGAUCGCUGUCACCCGCAAUAUGAUAUAUAGGACAAGUUUAGUCAUUUCAUUUUUAUCAUAACUUAAGGUUGUCAUUUAGUGCAACCUUUAUUUCGGGCUUUAAGUGGGAUAACACAUUGCUGCAUCCUUAUUUGCUUGCAGAUGCAGGCAUAAACAAAACAGGUGUAAUUUCUAUGUCAGCAUGACCCUAUUUUUAUUCUGUUUUCAACUGAGGAUAUAAUAUAUUAGAAUUAUAAUACUUUACGAAUCACUGACUCGCAUUACAUUUGAAAAAAAUACUCGCGUGACCUUUUAUCGCUAGCCAUUCUUUACUAUGACAUGUCAUCGCAAAUAGAGUCAUGAUGCGUUAAAAACUUUUUAUCAGCACAAAGAAAAUCUAUGCUGGUCCUUAAAUGACUCAUUUUUAGAACACACCUAUUUCUCAAAUCAUACCAUGAUGAGUCUUGUAAAUCAUUCUCACGCAUGAUUCUUCUUGAACAAAUGCGUAGAGUUUAGUUCCCUAUUAAAGCCCUUCUUUUCUCCAACAUGUUAGAACACGAUUUGAUUCAAGGUACGACUUUUUUGUAAUGAACGGAAUUAGUUAGAACAUUUACAUACGGAAUUAUUUAGAGCAUUCACAUGCGGAAUUAUUUUGAACAUUUACAUACGGAAUUAUUUAGAGCAUUCAAGUAUGGAAUUAUUUACAGAGCAUUCACAUACGGAAUUACUUAGAGAGCAUUCAUAUGCGGAAUUAUUUAGAACAUUUACAUACGGAAUUAUUUAGAGCAUUCAUGUAUGGAAUCAUUUAGAUCAUUCCCAUAUUCAAUUAUUAUGAACAUUUACAUACGGAGUUAUUUUGUUAAACUACGGAGAUCAAAAAUGCUGAUACCGCAUUUAAGGAAUUAUAAUGGGGAAACUGCAUAAAAUGCAAGUUUGAAAUCCCUGUGAAGUUAAUGUAUAUAGUGAAAAAGAGAAAGGCUACUUAGAGUCUAUGUAAACAUGUUAAAAUGCGGAGUUGCUGUUGCAGUAUUCAAAAACAUUGAUACCGCAUUCAAGGAUUCAUAAUGGGAAACUACAAAUAACGUAAGUUUGGAAUCCCUGCGAAGUAAAUGUACAUCGAAUUAUAUACAAGCAAUGGAAUUAUAGUGGAAAAAAGAAUAUCUGAGUAUUAAAAUAUAGAACAUCCUGAAGUAACUUGAAAUAUAAUGUCAGAACAGACUUACUGCGCUUAUUCUGAAAGGAGUGAGUGAGUGAGUGAGUUGGGUUUUACGGCGAAUCGACACAAAAUGGUCAUAUAUCGCCGAGAAGAAGUCAUAUUGCAAACGCCAACUGUAAAGCAUAAACAUUGAUGUAAAAACGUAGAGCAUACCUAAAACCAUCCAUGUAAAAACGUAAAUAACACCAUGAAUAAUGUAAAACAUAUCUAAAAACAUAUACGUAUGUGUUAAAAUAUCAAUUGCAAACAUAAUAAUAUUGCAAGAUGUAAAUAAAAAUAUGAAAUGUUAGAUUUUUUUUAUAUAUAUAUUCCUAUCUGCUUUAAAAACGAUAAAAUAUUUCCGACUGAAACGUUUUCAAAAACUCUUUCAAAGAUUGAACGUCAUAAUAUGUACUGCGUUGUGUAGCAAAGUCCACACAGUCGAUUAAAAUAUGUUUAAUAGUUAGCGGUGUUUGACAUGGUACACAUUCGGGUUGAUCUUCUUUAUUCGAAAGAUAAGAAUGAGUCAAACGGGUAUGACCUAUUCGACAGCGAGAAAGAACAACUUCCUCCCUGCGAACAGAUCUGUUCCCUUGGUGCCAUUCCCCUAGAGUAGGUUUGAUAUCAUGAAGUUUAUUGAAUGAAGCAUUGUUCCAUGCCGAUUGCCAUUUAGAUAAAAUGUAUUUGCUUAUAUUAGGGCUAAAAUCGGUAUGUGGUAAUUUCAAAUUAGAUUGUGAUAAUGAAAGGGAUUUCUUUGCUGCAAUAUCAGCAUCCUCGUUUCCAUGAAUACCAACAUGACUGGAGCUAGAAGUACAAUAUUAAUCUGGAAUGCUGCUACCUUAUACUUGUAUUAUAGCCGUGAACUCAAAUGGAAUGGUAUAAUUACCAAAAUGCAAUGCUUUAUUUAGCAAUAAGGAAUGUUUAAUUUGAAAUGCAGAAUUAAUACUAUGUUUGUGAAAAUAAAGUUAUCUUGAAAGACACAGUGUUAUACCAUAAAAAUAUUCUGAUUUGUUUUAUUAGAUAAUAAACUUUUGGGAUAUGUAUCAUAAUGUAAUAAAGACAAUAACACUAACUAAUAUUAAAAAAGGAGUGUAUGACACACUGACCGACACAACAGAAAAGGAGUUUGCUUAAUAAAGCCAAUAUUCAAACCGAGUCAGAUAAUCUUUCUCAGUUGUUAAAUUUAUGACCUACAUAAACCUCGCAACAUUUUUAUAAAGACAUUACCAUAAGGAUUCAAUCAAUAUCCCGUUUGCUAAACUUUAUAUAUUUAUGACGUUAACCUUGUUAAAUCAAACAGGGUAUGUCAGGUAUAAGAUAAGAUGAAAGCCAGUUCAUAAAGUUCUUUAGGUAAACGUGUUUAAAACAUCGUGAACGAAAACCGUCUUCGAUAUCAUAGGUUAUCAUACUUUUGUGUUAAAGUAAUAUUUAAUAGAAGGGUAGGUGAAAAACGAAUGUAUUAAUCAUGAAAUAAUUACAUCGGUCGGACUUCUGGCUAGUUGAGCAACAUAUUUACUUAAGAAUUAAAUAAUAUGAAUGAAAAGCUACGGUUACUUACAAAAAAAGUAAACUUAUUCCUGUCCUUAUCGAUUAAAUGUAAUAUAUCAGCUAAACUCGAACAAAAAAAAAUACUGCAAAAACCUUAAUCAUCUAGAGGAACCAGGCGGCGGUUUCUGUGUGAAACAUGUAGCCUUUCUUUCUUUACACUACAGAAAGAGAUCCGUCACGUCACAAAAUAGCAUAGAAUGAAAACAAUGCAAUUGCAUGGUAGACCUCCAAUCUCACAUUCCUUAAAGCUUAUGGCAGAUCUUUUUUGAAACAUCGGAAAUAUGGGCAAAUCUUAAAAUGGAAGAGAUAGGGAAAAAGCGUACAAGUAAGGAAGUCAAUAGAAUAUAGCUGAAGAUGGAACCCGGAACAAUGUGAGUAGGACUGAAUAGAUCAUAACGUUAUUAGUAAAUUGCUCUGCUAACUGACUUUGUUUUUACUGUACCUUUAUAUGGGAUGAUAUUUGUUUAUUGUUGACCUUGUUUUUGAACCGGAAAAAAUAGGUUUAUUUUAUUUCAGACAAACGUUUGUUCUAUAAACAACAAAUACAUGCAACGACCAAAGAAUCGAUUCUAUCCCAUCAAACUUAUUUAAGUUUUUAUAGAAAUGAACGCCUUGUUGUUUGGUUAGUUUUAUGUCCUGUUUUCGCUCUAUAAUCCAACUUUCAGUAACUGUAACAUUAACAGUGUGUUGGGAAGGAAAAAAGGGU